CCGGCGUGCGCGGGCGGGCGGAGCGCGCGGGGCCAUGGCGACCUUUGUGAGCGAGCUGGAGGCGGCCAAGAAGAACCUGAGCGAGGCGCUGGGGGACAACGUCAAGCAAUACUGGGCUAACUUGAAGCUGUGGUUCAAGCAGAAGAUCAGCAAGGAGGAGUUUGACCUGGAGGCCCACCGGCUGCUCACACAGGACAAUGUGCAUUCUCACAACGAUUUCCUCCUGGCCAUCCUCACGCGCUGUCAGAUUUUGGUUUCCACACCAGAGGGUGCUGGAUCUUUGCCCUGGACGGGGGGAUCUGCGGCCAAGCCUGGAAAGCCCAAGGGCAAGAAAAAGCUCUCUUCUGUUCGCCAGAAGUUUGACCAUAGAUUCCAGCCCCAGAACCCCCUCUCCGGAGCACAGCAGUUCGUGGCAAAGGAUCCCCAGGAUGAUGACGACUUGAAACUCUGCUCCCACACGAUGAUGCUUCCCACGCGCGGCCAGCUCGAGGGGAGGAUGAUUGUGACGGCCUACGAGCACGGGCUGGACAACGUGGCUGAGGACGCCGUCUCAGCCGUGGUCUAUGCGGUGGAGAGCCACCUCAAAGACAUACUGACGUCAGUUGUGUCCAGAAGGAAAGCGCACCGGCUGCGAGAUGGCCACUUUAAGUAUGCUUUCGGGAGCAAUGUGACCCCACAGCCAUACCUGAAGAACAGCGUGGUGGCCUACAAUAGCCUAAUCGAAGGCCCUCCGGCUGUGUCCACUCCCUGUGCGGGUCAGAACCCGGCUGCCCACCUGCCCCCGGACGCUGCUGAGCAGCAGGCCGCACUCCUGCUGGCCUGCUCUGGGGAAGCGCUGCCUGCUCCUUUGCCUCCAGUGAACAUGUACGACCUCCUUGAGGCUCUGCAGGUACACCGGGAAGUCAUCCCUACACACACUGUGUAUGCCCUCAACAUCGAGAGGAUCAUCAUGAGGCUCUGGCACCCGAAUCACGAGGAGCUGCAGCAAGACCAAGUCCACCGCCAGCGCCUGGCGGCCAAGGAGGGGCUUCUGCUCUGCUAAGUGGGAUUGGAGGGUGUGGGGUCCUCACGGGUCUUUGCUUGCUGAAGAGGGCAUGUUUGGGGUCUGCAUUUCGAAGCUGAAGUGUAGAGUGUACAUAUAACCUUUCCUAUGGAAAUGGACAGUGAGUGUGUUUUCUGUUGCUGCUGCAAGGCCAUUCGUGUAAAUACAGGCCACCCUGUCUGCGUGUUCCCAGUUACGGGAGCAGGCGUGAUGAAGUCCUGUGCCUGGAAGGGGAUGCCUGUCUGAGGCCUUGUGUAAGAUGGACCAUCCUAGAGUGAAGGCGCCGUUGCAGCCUGUCCCCUCGACUGACAGGACAUUCUUGUGUUCUGUGUCUGGCCAGAUAAAACUUUUACACUCUUGCUUUUUGUUGGUAUAACCUAUCCAGUGUUGAAACUCGGACACCUCCUUUAGUGACGGGUUUAAUUUUUAACACCUUGAGGUAGCCUCCAAGCCAUCCACCAUUUCAGCUCCACAGAAAACGUGACUUGCAGAUGCUGUGCUGUUGGACAAAAUUAAGCCCAGCCAACCCACCCUCCUGGAACGCAGUCUGCUUUAGAAGACGUCUUCCUGCGGCUCCAGUUUGUUUAGUGUUGAAGUGCCCAGGGAUGAUUGGCAGGUGCUUCUGUUAAUCAUCCUUAAAAGAUGUCUUGCUAUAGCUAAUUUGUAUAGUGUUAAUAUGACCAGUGGUGACUGAAGGCACGUCUACUAGUUAUUCCUAUAGAACAUGUUUUAAGAAAUCUUACAAAUUGGAUUUAUGGUUGGUAAUUCUAUUUGUAGGAAAUAUCUAUUUCUACCCUUUUAAGUGCUAAAUUGAAAAUAAUCUACUUUGACAGUGUUACUGAAAACCAGUUUUGUUUUCUAGAGAUACAUAUGCUUUUUACUCAAUAGUGUUGAUGGACAAAUUAGACUGUAGGUGGGUUUGUGUAGGACUGAGGAAUGGAUGUAUGGGUAUGUGUAUAUAGUUCAUACGUCUGAAGCUCUGUAUUUGAUUUUGUACUUUAAGCGUGACAAAUGUUUUGGCAGAAAACCUUUUUUUUUUGUUUAUUAAAGUAAAUACAUAAGGAAAAAUAUCAUACAGAAAUAGUAAAGCCCUGCUUUGUGAGAUCUUGGCAGAGACUUUUCAGAGUGUACUAGCUGAGAAAGACUGAAGGGCAGGCUCCCGUUAAGCUUUACCAUUUCUCUCGUUUGUGAUGUUUUUAACACCAAAGAGAAAAAACAGCUUAGUUUCAGCUUUUGCAUAAGCCAUUUGGAGUAUUCGGUAAGGCAGGACUCUUGACUUUUUAGAAUCUGGAAGAAUUUGAGCUGAUACUGAAGUGAGUAUGGAGGUUUUGUUUGGGACUGCAGUACCCCGGGCCUCCGCUGCCCAGGAGCAUGCCGGCGUCCCCUGUGCUCCCACAUGGAGGCAGCCAGGAGCCGCUGUCUUUCUGCCAUAGUGACAGGGCCCCUUGGAGCCUGUGCGCAGCAAACCCAGGAUGCCACUGGACUAGCUCCCUGUGCUUCAUGUUCAUUUCUGCGCUGAUAUAAGAAAGUCUGCCUCCGUGACAGUUCUCAAGAGGACUCCCAAACUGGGAGGUGGCAAUGAGGCAAGGCAGGCAGACAGAGUAAAUGGGGUUUCAGGAGAGCCCCUCAAAAGGGAACCUUUGUGCCAAAGACGGGCUCCACCCUGCCACCUCCAGCUGGAGGGUCCCAGGGCGUCUUCUGCAGUUACCCUCAGGAGUUACCCAGAAAACAGUUCAGUGGGGGAAAAGCAGCCAGAGACCAGGUAGCUCAGGAGGAUCCCAGUGACUUCUGUAGGACUAUGGAUGAGUCUUUGCUGUAGGUGUGCACACUCGGUGAGGCCUGCCUUCUCCAGGGUGACAGGGCUGGUGUGGUGUGUGCCAAACACUCCCUUGCACUGACUGGUCGCCGACCUUCCCGGAUUUCCCAAGGGUCUUCUCAGUGCUUGCUUUCCACUGGCCACCUGUCUUACUAUGUCUGACUCAAAAUGGCCCUGGGAGGAAGGGUAAUAAAGCAGCCUUAGGGAUCAGGCUUGGCCAGUGUGGCCAGCAGAACAGUCCAUUUAGUUGAAGGUUUAAAAAGGAAAAACAUUGUCUCGAUGAUUCUUGGAGAGCAGAAGGUACUGACUUGAGUUCACAGAAAAGGAGCAUUAACACGGCAGGACUCAUUUUACUAAGCAUAGGAUAAAGGGAACUACGGGCCCAUGAUGCUUUUGUCUUAGAAGACUUUUAUGAGAAUAAGAUACAAAGUUUUCUACCCAUCAGCUUGUGGCACUGAAUUUCCACUGAUGGUAAAUUCAUAUCCCUUAAGGACUUUCCUUAUGUGGUUUGGUAAUAUUCCAUUCCUGAGCAUCCAAAAUGAGAAAAAGAGCUAUUUAUGGUAGACCUCCCCCACCUUUAAAAGCCAGUUUAAGACCACAAAUAUUUUCUUCCUUUGCCUUCAAGGACACCAGUAUUACUGUAUCCCAUGAACACUUGGAUUCAAAGGAUAGUAUGUUGGUACAGAACUAGAUGGGGAAUAUAGACAAAAAGCUUAAAAUGUAAGUAACUUUUGACACUGUCAGCAGGUAAAUAAAAGCACCAUGGCCUAGUGA